ACCUGCGUGUGAGCGGCGUAGGGCCCGGAUCUGGUGGGCACUGAGAGCCCAGCGUGUUGAGGAAGCCGAGGUCGCGGGAUCGGCGCUUUCCUCGUGUCCCGCCGUACCCCUGGUGCUAGCAGCGUUCUCCGGGCGGAGGAGAAGAUUUGAAACAAAUCUGUUUUCAUGAAGAGUGACUGCAUACAAACUACAUCAUGUCAAGAAAGAAAAAAAGAUCCUAUAGAAAUGUUUCAUUCUGGGCAGCUGGUAAAAGUCUGUGCCCCAAUGGUGCGAUAUUCAAAGUUGUCUUUUAGAACACUAGUCAGAAAAUACAAUUGUGAUCUGUGCUAUACACCAAUGAUAGUUGCUGCUGAUUUUGUCAGAUCUGCAAAAGCCAGAGACAGUGAAUUUACCACAAAUCAAGGUGAUUGCCCAUUGAUUGUUCAGUUUGCUGCUAAUGAUGCAAGACUUUUAUCUGAUGCUGCUCGUAUAGUCUGUCCUUACGCGAAUGGAAUAGACAUUAACUGUGGUUGCCCUCAGAGGUGGGCAUUGGCAGAAGGUUAUGGAGCUUGCUUAAUAAACAAGCCAGAGCUUGUUCGAGACAUGGUGAAACAAGUAAGAAAUCAAGUGGAAAACCCCAGAUUUUCAGUAUCUAUUAAAAUAAGGAUCCAUGAUGACCUUACAAGAACUGUAGAUCUCUGUCGAAAGGCUGAAGCAACAGGAGUUUCCUGGAUUACAGUCCAUGGGAGAACUGUUGAGGAAAGACAUCAGCCAGUUCACUAUGAGGCCAUUAAAAUAAUUAAGGAAAGUAUGUCUAUACCUAUAGUUGCUAACGGAGACAUCAGAAGCUUAAAAGAAGCAGAAAAUGUGUGGCAUAUUACUGGGACAGAUGGUGUGAUGGUUGCAAGAGGACUCUUAGCAAACCCGGCCAUGUUUGCUGGAUAUGAGGAAACCCCACUGAAAUGCAUCUGGGACUGGGUUGACAUUGCUCUUGAACUUGGAACUCCUUAUAUGUGUUUCCAUCAACAUUUAAUGUAUAUGAUGGAAAAGAUAACUUCAAGGCAGGAAAAAAGAAUAUUCAAUGCUUUGUCAAGCACAUCAGCAGUCUUAGAUUAUCUUACAGACCAUUAUGGGAUUGACCGGACUUCCUGAAUUAUUUUCUUUCUGCAGUGAAACCAUCGAAGGUCACAUCUUGGUUUUUACUUUGAAUCAGUGACUCUAAAACAUUAAUAUAAAAACAAUUCCCUGACAGAAUUUUUAAAAAUCACUCCUGGACCACAUCCUCAGAGAUAGAUUCUGGUUCAGUAGAUCUCUAGGGUAGACCCAAAUUUUAAUUUUAAAAAAGAUCCUAGGUGUUUCAAACAUUGACGGACCUUGCUCUGAAUCCUAUUAUGAAUUAAAAUGUGAGAAUUUUUUUCCUAAAGGAAUCACGUUUUUAACAUCUUUAAAUAAAUAAAACUUUUUUUAAUACUAAAAAUAUGGCUUAUAUGGUAUCUGUUAGUUAACAUGAAGUGUUUUAAAUGAAAAUCAGUGCAGAAACAGCAAAUGCCAACAUCUAUAUGAAAUGAAAAGGAAAAAAAUUCUGUAUAGAAUUGCUUUCAGGGCUUAAAUUCAAAGUUUGGUUGGAAAAUUAAACUGCUACUUCCUAAUUCAUGAAUUACACACCUUAUGGUAUUUGUUUUAAAUUGUAUGUAACAAAUUAAUUAGAUGUGAUGUUUUCUGUAAUUUAAAACUAAGGGAGACUUUCCUGGUGAUCCAGUAGUUAAUACUCCUUCCAGUGCAUGGAGGUGCAGGUUCAAUUCCUGGUUGAGAGCCAAGAUCUCACCCUUUAAUGCCUCGCAGCCAUUAAAACCCCGAAUGAUCUACAUCAAAAAUAAAAAAUCUUUAUUAAAAAAA